AUGGUUGACAAACUGAUCUAUUUAUCUCACAUACGGCCAAACAUUGCUUAUGCAGUUGGAGUAGUAAGUAGAUUUAUGCAUCGACCACAGAUACAACAUAUGACAACAGUAAUGAGAAUCCUAAGGUAUCUAAAAGGUACAAGUGGUAGAGGUAUUCUAUUUAGGAAAAAUGAUCACUUGAACCUUCUAGCCUAUAUAGAUGCAGACUGGGCAAGAGACCGAGAUGAUAGGAGGUUAACUUCUGGGUACUUUACUUUGGUCGGAGGAAAUCUUGUUACAUGGAAAAGUAAAAAACAGAAGGUCAUUGCCUUGACUAGUGCAGAAGCAGAGUUUCGAGGAAUUGCUAAAUGUAUUACUGAAGUCAUAUGGCUAAGCAAACUUUUGAGUGAACUACACUUCCCACAGAAAAAGAUGUGCAAGUUGUUCUGUGAGAACAAAGCAACAAUCAGUAUUUCGGAGAACCUGGUUCAACAUGAUCGCACAAAACAUGUAGACACUUCAUAA